UUGGAGCUGGCAACCAGAGUCACUGCAACGAAAACGGUUUCUGUCUCGAGUCUUGUGUGGAUUGUGUAUGCUUGUGUGUGAUAUUUAUUUCAAACCUUAGUGCAGUUUUAAGUGUUUCUGUGUUUUGUGUGAUAAUGGCCACGGUGCUCCCGCCGUCGCCCGCGUGAACAAGUAAGACUCUAGUGCAGUGAACCUCCCGGGCCCGCCGCCUCAAGCGCCACCCGACCACAAUGAAAAUGGUGUUGUCCCAACGGCAACGAGAGGAGCUGAACAAAGCGAUCGCCGAUUAUUUAGGCAGCAAUGGCUACACGGACGCGCUGGAAGCGUUCAAAAAGGAAGCCGAUAUGAGCGGUGAGAUGGAUCGCAAGUUCGGUGGCCUUCUCGAGAAGAAAUGGACUUCAGUCAUCAGGCUGCAAAAGAAGGUGAUGGAACUGGAGUCGAAAUUGUCGGAGGCUCAAAAGGAAUUCAUAGAGGGAGCGCCGACACGAGCCAAACGCACUCCAGCAGAAUGGAUACCGCGUCCACCAGAAAAGUUCUGCCUUACAGGACACCGGGCAACCAUUACCAAGGUAAUAUUUCAUCCAGUGUUCAGUUUGAUGGUGUCCUCGAGCGAGGAUGCAACCAUCAAAGUGUGGGAAUUUGAGAGCGGCGAGUACGAACGAACCCUGAAGGGACACACCGAUUCCGUUCAGGACAUCGCAUUCGAUCAACAUGGCAAACUCCUCGUAUCAUGCAGUGCAGACAUGUCAAUCAAAUUGUGGGAUUUCAACCAAACAUUCGAGUGUGUAAAGACUAUGCAUGGACACGAUCACAAUGUGUCGUCGGUGGCAUUCUCUCCUAGUGGGGACAUCGUUUACUCGGCCAGCCGCGAUAAGACCAUUAAAGCUUGGGAAGUGGCCACUGGAUACUGUAUCAAGACAUAUAAGGGGCACCGUGAGUGGGUGCGCAUGGUGCGGGUGUCGGCGGACGGUACACUGCUCGCCUCCUGUUCCAACGAUCAGACGGUGCGCAUUUGGAACGCGGACACCAAUGAAUGCAAGAUGGAGCUCCGCGAGCACGAGCACGUGGUGGAGUGCGUGUCAUGGGCGCCGGAAGCCGCGGCCGCCGCCGUCAACGAGGCCGCCGGCGGAGACAACCGCCGCGCCAACCACCUCGGGCCCUUCCUCGCCAGCGGCUCGCGAGACAAGUCCGUCAAGAUCUGGGACGUGAGUACCGGGCAGUGCCUGGCGACGCUGGCGGGCCACGACAACUGGGUGCGGGGGCUGGCCUGGCACCCGGGCGGCCGCUACCUGCUCACGGCCUCCGACGACAAGACGCUGCGUGUUUGGGACGUCGCGCACACGCGCUGCCUCAAGACGCUCUACGCGCAUCAUCACUUCGCCACCAGCCUCGAUUUCCACAGGAGCUUGCCAUACGUGAUAUCGGGCAGCGUCGACCAAACCGUUAAAGUUUGGGAGUGCCGUUAGGAGCGUUGCCAUUUUAGUAAACUUAAACUCACCGAUGAUAUCUUUAUCAUUAUUUUUCACAAUAUUAGCUACAAUGAGAGCAAUGUAAUGUUGCGAUUUUAAUGUUUAAAUCAUUUUGGAACGAAGGAAUAGUUUUGAUAAUUUAUUGAUAACCUUUUCCUCCUUCCACUCAUUGUGGCCUUCUCCCGUACACUUGACGAUGCUAUGUCCUUCUAGUGAUUGGAAUAAUGUGAUUCUUGACUCCCCGCGCGCCUCUUCUCUUACUUCGGUGUAGAUUCGCACAUUCCAUUAUAUUGUAAUGGUUCAUAGGUAAUUUCUGUAUAUUUUUAGCUAUUAUGUGACACAAGCAUAACUUUGAGAAUUCGAUUCAUGAAGGUAAAAUGGAUGCGACGUAGCAUUUGUCAUGUACCCGAUCGGAACGAUGAAGUGAGGCGAGAAAGCUGUGUUAUAAUUUAACAGUUCAUUAAUUACUCUUGUUUUAUUUUAUAGUUAUUUUUUAUUGAUAAGUGUGUUUAGAUAUAAAUUUUAUUUGGUAAAACAGUUAACUUCUUAAUAAUUUCUUACCUGUCAGUUCUAGAAAAACUUGUACCUUGAUUUGUUUAUUGAUAAUUUAGUUUUAUUAAAUUUGAUAUUGUUGGUUAUUCAUGACAAUCAGCCGAUAAUUUAGUGAUAAUAGAUUUUUUAUAUUGAACACUCAUACGCAAAAUCUGUCAUCUGUUGCUGUAUAUAAUUAAUCAAUCUUUGUCUCUGCUCGAUAUGAUAUACAUUAUGUUUGUUUGCACCAGUGCUAACAUCAUGAAUGGAUAUCUAUGGAGACAACGAAAUUAAAUAAAAGUUUACUAUUAGGAUUGCCGGGCCCCAGAAUGUAUGGGUGCAUGAUUUAUCAUAACAGACAGAGGUUUCAUAGGAACUUAUUUUAAGUUUUGGCUAUUACAAAACUUUAACUAUAAGUUAGAGCAUUUUAUUUAAAUUUUUUUAGUUAUUUAUUUAUAUUUUCAAUGUUUUAUUACUAUAUCUAUAAACGAAUUUCUGGUCCAUUCGAGAUCAAUAUAUUGCUAGAUGUGUUUAAUAUUGUCGUGCAAAUUUCAUUGAGCAUUGUCAUUUGAUUUUAAUUAAUGUUAUCAUUUUUGUCAUACAAGGAAUUACAUAAAAUGUGUGAUAUUUAAUUAUUAUUUUAAUUUUUCCAUCUAAAUGGUAGCUAGAUGCAAAGAUAAAUUUAAUUAAUGGAGCCUAUUAUGUUGUAUUAGUUAUUUAUUACGCUGAUGAAACAUUUGGUUGCCUGGUAUUUUGACUAGUAUAUAGUAAGUAGUUGUAGUUGAAUAUGGUCAUACUAUUAGAAGCUUUGCCGUUAGAAUACAAAGUACAAUGUAUGGCCAGCAAAGUUUUUGCAUGAACUAUAAAUUUCUAGGUCCCUUAUAUAAUUAAGUUCAUUGAGAGAUACAAAAAAAACUAUGAUCAUGCUUCAAUUUUGCUGCGCAUAUAUUGCGUAAAACAUAAGUGAAGGCCUACUCUAAUACCGUGCUUAUUGUACCAGCGAAUCUCGAAAUAUAUAUAACUCUAUAUUGUUAGUACUAUUUCACACGUGUGUUGGUAGCGGCAGUAUACUCAGUCACAAGGCACGGUAUGGAGUUUCUUAUAAUAUCAAAACAUCGCUUAAUCAAUGUAAAUUCGUAAAUACACACUGACCAAGGAGAUUAUUGUGAACGUUAUGUAAUUGGAGAGAGCCUGAGUUGAAAAUAUUGUUAGAAUAUGCAUGCAUAUACUGAAUAUAACAAGAAUAUAAUAAUGUGCUAGGUGCCAGGGUGAAUAACUACAAUAUUCAUCAAUACAUUUCUAGUCAUUGUUAGCUAAUUUCUUUUAAAAUAAAUAGCGUAAAACAUUUCAUAUUAAUCAUAUAACCUCAUGUUUCUCUACAGAUACCCUUAUUUAUUUAUAUAUAUAUUCUACUAAAAAUCUUGCUUUAAAAAUAUAUGUGAUAUUGAUACAAAAUAAAAACCUGUAUUCAAUAACAAGCACAAGCUCUCUCCUUUUGCAUAAUUAACUUAGCGCUGUAUAAUCUCGUCGGUAUAAGGCAGACGCCCUAUUGCUUGCGCUCUAUAUAGUUAUUUACAUAAGAUGUUUGUAUUACAAUUAUCAAGUAAUGUAGGUAAUAAUUACUGCACUCAUUUCAACAUAUAUGCUUACCGUAACCAUAAUGUCAUAAAUACGUGUAUCUGCAAUGUAUUUGUAUAUUAUAUGCAAAAUUCUCUUGAGGCAAACAAAAUUUUCGAUAAAUACUGUCACAUCUUACGGAGCUAAGUUCCAUUUUCAUUGAGGUCAAACCUUAUAAACAAGUAAAUUGUGGUAUUUUUUCGGACUACGUCUCCGUACACGUCCUUAAAAAAAUGGAAGGGAAUGGAAAAACUAAUUAAUUCUACAAAUAAGAUUCGCAAGAGAAUUUUGCCCAGUAAAUGCUGUAUUGUCUAAAUUUAUAUAGAAAAUUAAUUACCAAUAUUUCAUAGAAUUUGGUUCAAUAUUUUCUGUAAAUAAAUCAAUUAAAUAUCUAAUUUAUUUACA